AUUUUAAAAAAGAGGCGGAUUAGUUGAAGCGCAGUGAGCCUGGUGCUGCUGUGUCGGUUUGUCAUCGAUAUGAAACAGGGAACCCGGCGGUAAUGAUGGGCUGGUGGUAGCUCUAAUGUUUUUGUUAGCUUCUGUGUGAAACUGAUCCGAAACAGCACAAGUAAACUCGGCAGACCCGUCAGACUGCGGCUACAUGUAACUUGUCACUGGUAACAAUUAGCAGCCGGAUGCUAGCUAACGUUAGCUACCAAGACACCUAAGCCCGUUCAUAAAGUCUUUCGUAUCUACUAAUGACUACGUUUACUGGAGACUAGUCGCUAAUUACGGAAUCAGUUGAAAACACGGUGGCAGCAAGAAUCUCCUUCCUGUUCCCUGCAGCUGUCCUGACCGUUUGCAGACACCAGGAUGAGUUUCUCCUCCCUCCACUCCUCUUCCCCAUCUCCUCACCCUGCCCCUCUCCCACUCUCCCCUUCCUCUCUGACUUGCUGUCCUGAACUUGACCUUUCGGCCACACUCAGCCCGACCCCAAAGACCGGCCAUACACAGCCGAAGCCCCACAGAGUGCAGCAGAGUCAGCGGGCCGACCAAAUACACCUGAAGCCUCACUGCCGAGGACAGACGGCAAGAAAGAGGAACACACAGGUGUGUUUUGAAGAUCCAGAGGUGGUCACAGUAACACUGGAGCCUCACAUCACGUUGAGAAGAGACACCCCACUUCAGCAGCCAGUGCGAGAUCAGAGGAAAAGCAGAGUACAGCAUGGUCAUGUGCUUGGAGGAACCCUCAGACAGUUGCCGGAGCCUCUGGUUGCAACAUCCAGUGAAGAUCCAGGGUGUCUGGAGAGGGUGGAAUUAAACACGACUCUGACUCUGAAAGCAGAGCUCCAGUCAUUGCAGGGGGCUGAGUUUAACUCCCAGAAGGCCAUUCAGGAGAUUCUACAGAGGUCAGAGAGGACCAAAAACCUGAUCAGUGCCAGAGCUGCUGAAGUGGUAAAUGUCUCUCGCUCUCAGCUUCUCUUCACCUCACUGGUUAGCAUUAAUGUGCAGGAGGAUCAGCUAAUGAGUCAAGUGCUGCAUGAAAAGCUGCUGCUGGCCCCACGCCACUGCUGCCACGAGAGCAAGGUAGCAAAAGGUCCUUCCCUUCUCUUCUUCAUGACCUCUGACCUGCUGAGACAGAAGCCCCUCUCACCAGAGGAGGAGCCAGUGACCGGCAGUCCCUGCCCAUCAUCACACCCUGCUAGUUCAACCUUUGAUCUUUACAGAAGACAGAGAUGCUGGGAGACCACACCCUGAUACACAUGAAAGCUAAUAUUUACUGGAGGUACGAAGGCUCUUAUUGGACAGAUUUAUUACUAUCCUAUCAGUGGUUUAAUUAAGAAUGUAAACACAAAUGUCUUUCAGUUUCUGUAAAGAGCCCAUUGUUUUUUCCAAUAAAGUUUUUUUUUUUUUCAAAUACA